AUGGUUAACGCCAGCUACACGCCCAGCGGCGAUCUGAUCACCUACUACGAUGACCAAGGCACGCCCACCGAACUCAUCUAUAACCUCGGCAACAUGUCGUGGAUCAUUGUUUCGACCGCCUUGGUCUUUAUCAUGAUUCCCGGUCUUGGUUUCUUCUACGCCGGUCUGCUCAGAAAGAAGUCGGCGCUCUCGAUGAUCUGGAUGUCCAUGGUGAUUUUGUCGGUCGCAUCCUUCGAGUGGUUCUUCUGGGGCUUUUCUCUCGCUUUCUCCACCAGCUCUAGCAACAAGUUCAUUGGUAACCUUGACAACUUUGGUCUGAUCAACGUCGACAUUGGGCCUUCUACAGGAGGGACCGGGCUUCCACAGCUGCUCUUCUGCAUCUACCAGAUGAUGUUCGCCGCCAUCACCCCUGUGAUUGCCUGCGGUGCGUUUGCCGACCGUGCUCGAUUGGGUCCCGUUCUCAUUUUCGCCUUCUGCUGGUGCACUAUUGUCUACAAUCCCAUCGCCUAUUGGACAUGGAACGUCGGCAAGGGUUGGGCCAACGUCAUGGGUGGUCUCGACUUCGCCGGUGGUACACCUGUUCACAUCUCUUCGGGUACCGCUGCGCUCGCCAUCUCGAUCUUCCUCGGCAAGCGUAAGGGGUACGGCACGGAGCAGUUGGCCUACCGACCCCACAACGUUGCCUACGUCAUCUUGGGAACCGUGCUGCUGUGGUUUGGCUGGUUCGGCUUCAACGGUGGUUCGGCUCUUGGUGCCAACCUUCGUGCUGUUCAGGCCAUGAUGGUCACUCAGGUGGCUACCUCGGUCGGUGGUCUCACCUGGAUGUUCUGGGACUGGAGGCUGGAGCGCAAGUGGUCGGCUGUCGGUUUCUGCUCUGGUGCCAUCUCGGGUCUGGUCGCUAUCACGCCAGCUUCUGGUUACGUCGGAACGCCCGCAGCUGUUGCCUUUGGCGUGCUCGGUGGUACGGCUUGCAACUUUGCCACUGGUCUCAAGAACCUUUUCGGUUACGAUGAUGCUCUCGACAUCUUUGCUGCUCACGGUAUUGGUGGUAUUGUGGGCAACUUGCUUACUGGUAUCUUUGCCGACAACCGCGUUGCGUCGUUUGACGGUACCGCUCCGAUCCCUGGUGGUUGGAUCAACAAGAACUGGAUUCAGCUUGGUUAUCAGCUUGCCGACUCGGCUGCCGGUUUCGGUUGGUCGUUUGUGGUUACGCUCAUCCUGCUGUUCGCCAUCGACCGCAUCCCUGGCUGCCACUUCCGAUCUAGCGAGGAGGACGAGUCUCUGGGUAUCGAUCUCACUCAGAUCGGAGAAGAGGUCAUGGUGAUGCCUCUGCUUCACGACUUUGUUCGCCCAGAGGACGGCGCAGAGAUUCAUCACGCUACUGCAUCCACCGAUCUCAAGUUCUCGCCUGCUCACAGCGAGAAGGACCUCGAGGCUGCUCGUCCACAGCCUACUGCUGUCUAA